AUAAGAGUUUGCCCUUUUUCAGAGGCAGCCAGUCUGCUCACAACAGACCAAGAGGUUUCUGCCUUUGGGGCUUAUCGUGAUGGUCUACCAGAAUACACACUUGAUGAUGUGUCCAAACAUGCAUCUGUGAAAGAGAGGGUGUGGGCAUACAGACAUGGCGUUUAUGACAUCACCGAUUUUAUCCAGGAACAUCCAGGUGGCGACAAAAUCCUUAUGGGUGCAGGAGGUUCUGUUGAACCUUUCUGGGCCCUGUAUGCUGUUCACAAAAACCCACAUGUGCUGGAGUUGUUUGAGAAGUACAGAAUUGGAAACUUAUCUUCAAGUGAUGUUGGUGCACAUGUUAAAGACAUGGAUGACCCUUAUGGUAAUGAGCCUCGUAGACAUGUCGCCUUAAAGCCUUCAUCGAAAAAGCCUUUCAACGCUGAACCUCCUCUGCCUUUACUUGCCGACAAUCUGAUUACACCAAAUGAGCUCUUCUAUGUCCGAAACCACCUGCCAGUCCCAGACGUAGAUGCCUCGACCUACGAGUUGGACAUCACUGAUGAAGAGACUGAUAAGGAGAAAGUCCUUACACUGGAUGCCAUCAAGAAGUACCAGCACACAGUGACCGCCACAAUACAAUGUGCAGGAAACCGUCGUUCAGAAAUGACAAGAGUGAAAGCUGUUAAAGGAUUGAGCUGGGGCCAAGCAGCUAUUGGAAAUGCCAAGUGGAGUGGAGCACGACUCUGUGAUGUGCUCAAGGAUAUGGGCAUAGAGCGAGACACCACAGAUGCUUUACAUGUACAGUUUGAGGGGCUGGAUACAGAUCCUGCAAACAUGCCGUAUGGUUCAAGUAUACCCAUUGAGAAAGCGCUAGACCCCUACGGAGAUGUUUAUCUGGCAUAUGAGAUGAAUGGUGAAACCAUACCGAGGGAUCAUGGCUACCCUAUCAGGGUUAUAGUACCUGGGGUUGUGGGUGCUAGAAAUGUAAAGUGGCUGGGUAAAAUUAUUAUAUCUAAGAAAGAAUCAGAUGCCCACUGGCAGCAGAAUGACUACAAAGGCUUUGCCCCAAAUGUUGACUGGGACACGGUUGAUUUCAAGAAAUCUCCCGCUAUUCAGGAACUGCCAGUUAUCUCUGCUAUUUGUGAGCCACUAGAAGGAGGGACGGUGAAGGUCAAAAAUGGCAAGGUCAAGCUGAGAGGCUAUGCAUGGAGUGGAGGCGGAAGGAAGAUCAUCCGUGUGGAUGUGUCUGCUGAUGGAGGCAAGACGUGGCAAGCAGCAGACCCGUUAGAGUCAGAUGAGUCACGUCACCCACGUGCCUGGGGAUGGUCACUCUGGUCAGCUGAGGUUCCUGUGAGCAAGAAGUCAGGAGAGGUCCAGCUCUGUGUCAAAGCAGUGGAUUCUCAGUACAACACCCAGCCGGAGAAUUUUGAAAACAUCUGGAACCUGAGGGGUGUCCUUGCCAAUGCAUACCACAGAGUCAAUAUUAAGAUUGAACAGUGAGAAGGCUGUUUUCUGUUAUGUUUGGGAGAUUAUGGGAGGGGUUAGCUUGUGGUUGAAUAAAACGAAGCAAGAUAGGUUUGCUGAAGGUCUUCCAAGAGUUAGAGGGUUGGGUAAGUGGGUAAAAAGGUGGUCGGUAAAUAGUGAUAAUUUAAAGAUUUUAAGGUGUCCCCCUUGUGAUGAUUUGACGAAAAAGAAAAAUAAUGUGUGGAUGUGUGUGAAAGUUGUAGUCUUUGUUAGUAUGCAAACAUGCAAUACUAUUAAAUAAUUUAACAUGGUUUUACUAGUCUUGACUUAAGUAAGACUAACAACUACCCAGUGAUAACUGUAAUGGUGAUUUCAGGAAGUAAAAACAAGAUUUUGUUAAAUUGCCAUUGAUGCUAAGGAAUGAGAAGGAAUCAGGAUUACCUUCAGAUUUCAAACUUCCAGAAAGUUAUAUUUUGAUAUGACAGCCCAUUUGCAGCUGAAUGGAUUAUAUAGGAAUAGCUUGUAAACAGUGACUUUGAAUAUAUGUCUUUAUAUUCCAAAGGAUAAAUGCUAAAACUAGUAUAACAGAACUUCAUUUAUUAAUAUUUACAAGCAAAGCUUUGUAUUAUUCAACUAGUUUAUAUUACAGGAAGGGACUGAGUCCUUUAAAAACAACAAAACAGAGAGAAAAUAUCCUUUAGAUAUUUGUAAAGAGAUAAUUAUUUUGAGUUUCCCCUUGGAUUUUUUAAUUCAUUGAAUAAUCUAAGAGGAAUUAAAUUAUGGAUCUACACCCCAUAGCAUUGUGUUAAGCAAUUGUGAUCUGUAAUAAAAAAAAAAGUAUAUUACGAGCUUGUGAAUAGAGACCUCAUUUGAGAUUGUAUCCUAGUCAGGCGGAUAAUAUGAGAUUGAAAUGAGAUUUCAAAAAAAACGAAAUAUUAUUCAGAUAUUGCACAGAAUAUUAAAGAAUAUUGUACUACUCAGGCUAGGCUUAGUGACAGACUUUCAGUUUUGAAGUGGAAGUAAAGCUUUCGAUAUAUGAUAUUUUUACUUAUUUAUUUUUAGCCUUUUUAACCCACAGGUGCCGGGUACAUGCAUUGCCCACUGUAGUUUUGUUUACAUCUAGCUACAUGGUUUCACAAAGACCUAAUCACACAGAUGUUAGUUACUAAGUCUACUUGGCCUCACCUGUUUACCCCAUGCUUUAAGUUUUAUUCCAUUUAUUUAUUUAUUUAUUUAAAUUUCUAAUACUGUUAUAAUUGAUAUUUUUGUUGCUGUUCUUAAAAGCAUUAUUAAUAUUGAUAAGGAAUGGUGUAAAUAGUGGAAAUCAGAUAGACCUCGCAAGUGAUUCCUCGAUGACUAAGAACUUCUGGAGUCAUACAUGAAAAAAAAUUAUAAACUAAAAUCAUAGUGGACUGGACUUGUAUGUAUUCCUGGCAUCAGAUAACUAAAAGAAAUAUGCUUAGAGAUUUCCAACUCAAGCAACAUUUUAUUUAGCCAUGAUUCGGUCAUACAUGUUGGAAGAAGACAAUAAAUAAUCUUAAUACUAUAGAAUUGCAGACCAUUAUAAAGUGAGUUUCAUGAGACUGUUGAUAGGGAGUUGUAGCACAACAUUGUACUUCAGGUUUGCUUCUUAGAUAUGUUUGAUAUAAAACUCUCCACCUCUCCUCUUUCCUUCCAGUUUUUUAGACACUUAUAGUUGAUAUAAUUUCAAUGCACACUCCCCUCCAUUCUGAGUUAAACUUCAGAGCAUUGCCAAAUUGUGAACCGCCAAUUUCGAAUCCCCUAUCCAAAACACAUACCCCAUAUACAUGUUGGCAUGGGUUUUGGAUGCAAGAGUCAAAAACAGCAGUUCAUAUGGUGUCUGUUUGUGAAUUGCCACAUGUAAUUUUUUUUUCUAAUGCAAACCAUUAUAUCAUUACUGCUAUCUUCCCAUUUUGUAAUAUCAUGUUUGCUUGUUUGUUUAUUGUUAAUAUUUUUUUUGUGAUGGGUUUGCUUCUGCAUUUUUGUUGGGAGUUCUGUUGGCAGACAAACACCCAUGGUUUUAGCUCUCAUUUAUUCUUUAGCUGUUAUUGACUUGAAAGUUUAUAUUUUAUUAUAUGGAUGUGAACACCCUUGUAUAUUACAAAUGCACAUAUGGUAAAAUGACUUAUGCACCUGUGUAUAUGUUAAUGCAUCAAGAUAUGUAUUUUAAUGUAUGUACAUACAAAGGAUAAUGUGUAGCUGGAAAUUUUAUGAAAGAGUGAUUUUCAUGCAUAUUAGGAUCAUUGUGCUAAAAUCAAAAUACAAUUCCACUGAAUUAUUUUUUUCUCCAAAAUAUAUUUGUCUACUGUACA